AUGGAUCUUCAAGACAACAAUGACAUUGACAAUGACAAUGAACAACAACAACAACAACAUGACCAACAACUCAACAUCAACAACAAUGACAACAACAAUGACUUGAUGGCAGAUGACAAUGUCAGUGAUGUUGUUGCUGAUAUUGGCGCAGAAGAGCAAGAACACAAUGAUGAGGAUGAAGAUGAUGAGAGUUUCAAUCUCUAUGAAUCAAAUGUUAAUAAUGAGAAUGAUGGUGCUGAUAUAAAUGAAGAUGAUGAUGAGGCAGAUGAUGAUAUGUCAUUCAACUCUGAUGGAGAGAGUAGGGAUGAUGAUGAUGAUGAUGACGUUGAAGAAGAAGAAUCUGCAACAUCCAAUCUAGAAUGUCAGCUUUUGAUCAAUCUAUCGACACAGGUUACAAACAGAGAACAAGAGUACAUUGAUAGCAUCAAUCAAUUACAUCUCAAUCGACCGGACCUUAUCAAUCUAAUGGCUGCAUCACAACGAAUAUCAUCAGCACGAGCCAGACAUAUUCUGUUGACAUCUCUUAUACAUUGA